AUGGAUCCAGGGUUCACAUUCAAGGUGAAGCUAAUUCGCUCCACACCUAAUACUGAACCAAAAAUUGUUUUAGGCCCAAAUAAAGCCCUGUCUCGGCCGCAAAGCCCCCAAACACCCCUCCAAGAGAAUACUCCUCUCCCUCCCCAAAGCACUGCCUAUCAAGCCCGUUUGCCCCCAGUUAGGCUUUCCACAGGUGAGGCCCUAAAGGCCCUAGCUAAUGCCACUGCACAGUCCCUUAACACCUCGACCUAUGAGGAUUGCUGGAUGUGUUUUUCCCCUGUUCCCCCUCUUUAUGAAGGCAUUGCAACUGUCUCGCCAGACAUGACCUAUACCAAUGAUUCACGGCAGACACGCUGGGUGGACUCUCCCGGGCUUACAUUGGCCCAAUUGUCAGGAAUUGGCCUCUGCAUUCAUAGUACCUCAUUGCUUCUUCCCCCUGAAUUAUUGCCUAUUUGCAAUACCUCCCAUACGCCUCUAACACAACACCAUUUCCUUGUUGCUCCCCAAGGAAUGUAUUUUGCUUGCUCUUUUGGAAUAACCCCGUCUAUUGUCCCCCAGUUAUUGGUAGAAAAUCAUGAAUAUUGUGUCCUAGUUGUGCUGCUACCUAAGGUCUCAAUACAUCCUCCUGAAGAUUUGAUUCCCUUUUAUCAUAGUGCUCCGCGUGUCAAAAGGGAACCUGUAACUGCCAUCACUCUGGCAGUCCUCUUGGGGUUGGGGGCCACCGGAGCAGGGACCGGCAUUGCCUCUAUAAUUACUACAAAUCAACAAUUCCAUACCCUUAGCUUGGCCAUAGAUAAAGACAUUCAAAAUCUGCAAGAAGGCCUUGAUAACCUUAAAGAAUCUGUUGUUUCACUUUCUGAGGUAGUUCUUCAAAAUCGCCGCGGUCUUGACCUUCUAUUUCUUAAAGAAGGCGGUCUGUGCGCUGCCCUUAAAGAAGAAUGUUGUUUUUACAAAGAUAAAACUGGGUUAGUCCAAGACAGUAUUGAAAAAAUAAAGAAAAAUCUGGAGACCCGGCAAAAACAAAGAGAAAAGGACGAAGCCUGGUAUAAAAGUUGGGCCUCUAAAACCCCCUGGCUGUCCACCCUACUUCCUACUAUUCUCGGACCUCUAGCAGGGUUCCUCCUUUUACUGUCGAUUGGCCCCUGGGCAGUGCAAAAACUAACUGCUUUUAUUAAAGCACAGGUUAAUCAACUAAUUAAACCAGCUGUUGCCGUCCACUACCACCACUUGACAACUCAGGAUGAUGACGAUGUGGAGCAAGAUCCCCGGCACCCUAGAAAUCUUAACCCCUCUAAUACACCCCUGCGCCUGCAUCGGCUUCUUUAA